AUGAAUAUUCGUCAACAAAUCACUCAAUUUUUAUCACUAGCAUAUGUUUUUUCAUCAGCAUUUAUGUUAUGGAAAACAUUAUCAGUAAUAGCCAAUUCUCAUUCUCCUAUAGUUGUGGUAUUAUCAGGAUCAAUGGAACCAGCAUUUCAAAGAGGUGAUAUAUUAUUUUUAUGGAAUAGAGAUCAACAACAAAAAGUUGGUGAUAUAGUUGUUUAUGAAAUUGAUGGGAAAACUAUCCCCAUAGUUCAUCGAGUCUUGAGAGAACAUCAUAAUCAACAAAAACAAUUAUUAUUAACAAAAGGUGAUAAUAAUGCUGUUGAUGAUUUAUCAUUAUAUGCUAAAAAACAACAAUAUUUAAAUCAAAAAGCUGAUUUGGUUGGUACCGUGAAAGGAUAUUUACCAUUUAUUGGAUAUGUAACGAUUUUAAUUAGUGAAAAUGUUUAUUUCAAAUAUGGUAUGUUAGGAUUAUUAGGUUUAUCAUCAUUAUUCUCCAAUGAAUAA